CUCAACAAGCUCUGGAAUGAAGUGAAUAAGGAAGGAGAAGAGAAGAAUGAGUGGAGGAAAAAGAGGAAGGAAAUCGCAGAAGGCAAAAAGAAAGUUUUUGAGAAAAGUACCAGCCCUAGAUCUAGUUCAAUAUUUUACUCAAAAGUUAAUUAUAAUUCUGUCUCUACAAAGCAAACUUCUAACAAUUCAGUCUUGAGUCCCAAGCUGAAUAUCUCUGAGACAUCUUCUAGACAAAGUUCUAUUUAUAAUACAAGUGUUGCUUAUGGUUAUUCUGUUCCAGAUCCCCAUAAUUAUGAAUGUGAGAUGAAUGUUGUUAAAUCUAAGCCUUCCAGAAAGCUUAAACCUGAAAAGGAAACCAAGAAAGAAACUUCUAAGGGAACGUUUUGUAUUCCAGAUAUGAAAUACGCUCUUAGAGUUCAUU